AUGAUCCGCAGGAUGCUGACUGCCGACUUUGCUGCAGCCGCCGUCCUCAUCUCCUUCGGUGCGUUGUUGGGGAAGACGAGUCCGCUGCAGCUGGUGCUCAUUGCCGUCAUUGAGAUCGUAUUCUUUUCCGCCAACGAAUGGGUUGGCGUUACGUACUUCAGGGCGGUGGAUGUGGGCGGGUCUAUGUUUGUCCACGCCUUUGGUGCGUACUUCGGUCUGACCAUUGCCCGGGUCUUGUACUCUGAAGACGUCGAAAAAUCAACGAAAGAAGGAUCGGUGUAUCACUCGGAUCUCUUCUCUAUGAUUGGUACGAUCUUCUUGUGGUUGUUCUGGCCCAGUUUCAACAGCGCUCUCGCACCGGACGACGACCAACACCGCGCCGUGCUCAACACCUACUUCGCCCUCGCCUCCUGCUGCGUCGUCACCUUCGCCAUCUCCGUGCUGGUGGACAAGAGGGGCAAGCUGGACAUGGUACACAUACAGAACGCCACGCUGGCGGGGGGCGUGGCCGUGGGAACAAGUGCAGAUAUGAUGAUUGGACCUUACGGAGCCCUCAUCAUCGGUUCCGUCGCUGGGAUGCUGUCCACAGUCGGAUACAAGUACAUCACGCCGUUCCUUACAUCUAAGCUGAAAAUUCAUGACACGUGCGGAGUCAACAACCUGCACGGCAUGCCCGCCAUAAUGGCCGGAAUUGCCGGCGCCAUCGCUGCCCUCGUCGCCGACUUCGACAAAUACGGAUACAGCCUAUACGAACAGUUUCCCGCACGAGUGCCGCUCGCCAACACGACCGAGUUCGCCGAGAUCCAUCGGAACGUGGAUGUCACCCCCGGACUGGGCAGGUCGGCAGGGGAGCAGGCGGGCUAUCAGGUGCUUGCCCUCGCUGUCACUCUCGUCGUCGCCGUUGUCGGAGGUCUCAUCACAGGUCUAAUUGUCCGCUGCGUGCCGGGCCUGGGUCAGUUGAAGGCGCAUCAUCUGUUCGAGGACGAGUCUGUGUGGAAUACCCCGGAUGAAGAAGACCCUCCCAGACAAGAACUGACUACCUUCGGCAAGAAGAACAUUGUAAACGAGAGUGGCGCCCCCUUGAUGGCUGGGGACAGGACGAAUGGGACGAACGCAUAAUACCCAUAGGUUUAAGAUUAUGAGUAAAUAAGACCAAGGCGUUUGUUUUUAGUAACUGAUUGUGCAUCCUGUUAGGAGAGAAUAACAAAAGGAAGUGCAGUCUCAUUGCUAGACAUGUGAAACACACGUUUGGCUGUAAUUACAUGUUUCAUUAUAAGAUGAACUAAAACUGUCUGAAACCC